AUGGUUUCUUGUUAUCUGUACCAGUUCAGAUGCAAAGAUGGCAGUCAGUGCAUUCAGAAAAGCUGGAAGUGUGAUGGCUCCAAAGACUGCCGCGAUGGAUCCGACGAGCCGGACGACUGUGAAUUUCCUGAAUGUGGCCCCGGCUACUUUCAAUGCAAGAAUAAACGAUGUCAGCCGGUUAAGUUUAGGUGUGACUAUUAUGAUGACUGCGGCGACAACUCUGAUGAAGAGAACUGUGGUGCCUACCGCUGUCCGUUGAACCAGUGGAAUUGUCCUCAUUCUGGCCACUGCAUCGACACGGAAAAACUGUGCGAUGGCAAAGACGAUUGUUCUGAUCGCGCCGACGAACUUAACUGCAGCCGGAUAUUGUGUGGCGCGCUGUCUUGCGACUUUGUGUGUCGUUCGUCUCCUGACGGAGGAGUCUGCGCUUGUCCGCAGGGUUAUCGCGUGAACCAGACCGACAGAAGAUCUUGUCAAGAUAUCAAUGAAUGCUCUGAAUACGGAUAUUGUGACCAAUUGUGCGAAAAUCAUCGACCCGGUUUCAGAUGUAUGUGCUUUUCGGACUGUUAUGAGCUUAUUUUGAAAAACGACCGAGGCUACUGCCGGUCACACGAAUAUAACCGAAUGAGGUUGCUCGUAGCUAGGAGGGAAGGCCUGUAUCGCAUCAAUCCAUUCGAUGACAGGCAGCCUUCUGAGAAACUGCUCAGCGGCAAGUUUCUGUACGGCGUAAACUACGACUUCGAAACGCACAAGCUGUUUUGGGUAGAAAGAGACGCCAGUGAAAUCUACGAAGGAAACUUCGACGAAGAGUUCAACGGUAUCAUCAACUACAGGAAGCUGCCGCUAUCAGGGCUAGUGCGUCCAAGGAACAUCGCCGUCGAUUGGAUUACCAAAAAGCUGUACAUCGUCGAGGCCGGGUCAAACAGAAUCGAUAUCUCAGACUUCUCCGGCCAGCAUCGCACUGUGCUGAUCAUGGAUGAUAUGACCCUUCCGGUUGACAUCGCCGUUGAUCCUACUCGAGGAUUGAUGUUUUUCACAAACGAGAAAAAGCUAGAACGGAGCGGCAUGGACGGCAGUGAUCGUCAAGUGCUGGUGGCGAAUCAUACUUACCAGAUAACGUCGGUGACACUUGAUCUCGUUGGUGCCAGAGUUUACUGGUGCGAUCCCAAGAUUGACGUCCUGGAGUCAGUUAAAUACGACGGAACCGGCAGGUAUCUUUAAUU